AUGUAUCGGUCCACUAAAGGGGCGUCCAAAGCUCGUAGGGAUCAGAUCAAUGCAGAGAUUCGGAACCUCAAGGACCUGCUCCCCAUCUCCGAUGUGGACAAGGCUCGUCUCUCCUACCUACACAUCAUGUCCCUGGCAUGCAUGUACACCAGGAAGUCGGUGUUCUUCAGCGACGAUGCCUCCAUCACUGAGAAACCGGAGGAGGAGGAGAGGAGCUAUUUUUCCUUCCAUGAGCUGUCGGAGUUGAUGCAUGAAAUGCCCGGCUUUCUGCUGCUGCUGACGGGGGAGGGAAAACUGCUGUUCCUGUCAGACAGCGUCGCUGAGCAUCUUGGUCACUCCAUGGUGGAUCUGGUUGCCCAGGGAGACAGCGUUUAUGACAUCAUCGACGCCGCGGAUCAUUACAUCAUGAGGAGUAACCUGGUGCCUCCAACGACCCAAGAGACAGAUCGCCUCUUUCGCUGCCGCUUCAACACCUCCAAGUCCGUCCGCCGGCAGAGCGCCGGCAACAAGCUGGUGCUGAUCCGAGCGCGCUGCCUGUCACCGCCGGCUGCCCCCACCUCCACGGGCUCCUCCUCCUACUGGAGCUCCAACCCGGUCUGGGUCUGCUUCUGCUCACCCCUGGACCCCCACCCGCCCCGCCCAGGCACCUCCACCACCACCACCCCCACCCACAACCUCUUCCUGGCUUGCUUCUGCUCCCAGCACAGUCGAGACAUGAGGCUACAGGAAGUGCAGGACAGUGUGAACGACUACCUGGGCUUGGACGUGGAGACGCUCCGCUCUCGCUCCUGGUACAGCCUGCUGCACCCCCAGGACCUCACGCAUGCCUCCUCCCAGCACUGCAGCCUGCUGCGGGAGGGCGGUGAGGGCCGUGCUGAGAUGGUGGUGCGCGUGGAGGGGGCCAGCCACGCCUGGGUCUGGCUCUACAUGGUGCUGCAGCUGGAGACCGGCGAGCACCCCAUACGCAGCAAUAACUUCGUCAUCAGUGAGUCUGAGGCUUGGUCGGUACGUCAGCAGCUGACCACGGAACAGAGCCAGCUCAGCCUGGUCCUGGGCUCAUCAUCCACCACGUCCCAGCCGGAGAGCGCCAGCCUCCAGUCGCCCGAUACCCUCUCCAGCCCAGACCAAGUCUUCACCCCGGGCAGCAGUGGCGUCUCCGCACAGUCCUUCGACUUCAGCACCGCAGCUAUAUGCGGAGCUGGAGAGGACCAGCAGCAGCAACAGGCUGGUGUCUCCAAGGCGGCCGCCCAGGAGGAGGCCACUAGUGUUGGGGCAGAGGGCGCCAGGUCCAGCCUCUCAUCCCUGGAGGAGGAGAGCCUCUUCCAGCCAACUGCUGCACCUCUGGUGAGCCCGUCCGCAGCAUCCUCCCCCAUCCCUGUGACCGUGGCGACGGUACCCGAGCUAGACUUCCUGACCCAGAACAUCCUGCUGCCACCAUCUUUCCAGCUGGAGCCUCCCUUGCCCGCUUUGCCACUCCCUCUGCCCCCCGUGCCCACCUCCCAGGCCCAGCAGCAGCAGCAGCAGACCAAGGAGCUGGUCUGCACCCCGCCGUACACCCCCCAGGUGACCAGCGGGGGCAGCUUCCCCUUCGGCGACCCCUUGUUCAGCUUCGACUCCAGCACAGACGCCACCACGCCGUCGCUGGCGGCUCUCACGGGGACCAUCACCACGACGACGGCCUCGCAACAGCAGUCUUCGUCUCCGGGCGGCUACAACGCCCCCAGCAGCACCCCUCCGCCUCCCACCACUACGCUCUCCUCCCUGCUACCCCUCACCCUCAACCUCAACCUGACCCCGGCCACCACAGAGCUGCUGUUUCCGGGCGAGCCAUGCAGCGGCACCCUGUACGAGAAGCUACCCCCCACACCCGACAGUCCGGGGGACGGCGACUGCACCAUCAUGAACCUUCCGGAGGUCCGUGGGCCCUUGUACGUCGACGUGCCCCUGGGGCCCCUGCAUUGCCACCCGCCACCAGAGGGCCUGCUCACCCCCGAGGCCUCGCCAGGCAAGCAGUCGUACCUGUCCUUCUUCUCCCUGGAGCCCGAGCUGGAGAGGGAGAAGAUGGACAUCGCUCUGCUGGCCGAGCAUAUCGGCACCCUGGCUGAAGGGCUGUACCCGGACCCCCUGAUCUCCAAGCUGGUCGCCGCUUGCCCGCCUUCUUCCAACGCCAACGCCGCCAACUCUGAGCAGCAGCCAUCGUUUACUGACAGCAACGCCAAUCUGACUCUGGACCCAGUGGGCCUGGACAAUCUCUUUUCCCUGCUGGGGGACUUCUAUCCCAUCAAGUCCUGGAGGGGCCUGGAUCUGCCCAUCUUCCCCGACGAAGACUCUCUGUUUGAGGAGAGGGCUCUUGAGAGCCUCCUGCAAGACCUGGCCGCCACCACAACGUCCACAUCUUCUCCGUGCCCCUCACCUUCUCCCUCCUCCUCCUCCUCCUUGACGACAAUUACCCCGACGUCCUCCACCCUCUCAUCUCCGACCUCCUACUCACCUACACCUCUCUCCUCCUCCUUCUCUUCCUCGUCCUCCACUUCUCCGUGCUCCACUCCAUCCAGUUCUCUCAUGUCCCCAACAUCUCCAAUGUGCUGGGACGCUCUCCCCUCCUCCCUGCACGUUGACGCGAGUCACUUCCGUAGCGUCCAGUCGGCGCACCGUAUCCAGGCGAGCGGCUGUGGUGGGGCGGUGACAUUGACGACGACGAUGACACCGGUUGCCGUAGAAACAAUGGAAUGUGGCAUGCCAACAUCCCCGGGCGACUGGGAUGAUAUGAACAACAACAACAUUGACGAAGAAGAGCAGCACGAGGUCGAGAUGGAACUCGAAGCCGAGGUCUCCAUGGAAACGGACGAGGACGAGGACGAGGACAAGGACAAGUUGUCGCCUCUGUUGUCGAGCGGCGCUCCCAUGUCCCCUCCCUCGCCGGCACUGGUGCCAUCGACGUUAUCCGUGUCGACGGCCUCGCCCUCGAACCUCGACCUGCUGCCUCCAGUCAGCCCAGUGGUCGCGGCACACCACCAGCACCACCUCCACCUCCACCAUCACCACCCCGCGCAGCCCGGCCUGCCCUGCGCCCAGUCCCUCCUGCUGGAGGAGCUGGCCACCCUGGAACCCAUGUUUGGGGCAGGUGCCUCGAUCACCCCCUCCCUGGGGCAUCAAACUGAGUUGUAUCAACUCCAAUGUCACCCCAUGCCUCAGUGCUUCCACAAAGAUGGGAGCGGUAGUGAUCCUCCGUUCUAAAAUAAGUCUGUGACUUGCUUCAUUAAGUAUGGCAUAUUGCCAUAUUUCAUGGAGACGCAUUCACUUUAUCAGUGAAGAUUAUCAAAGUGUAUAAAUCUAUAUACAUAAUGUAUAUAACUCAACAAAAAGGACUUCAAAAGA